UUUAACUACUUUCAGGAAAAACUAAAGUCUGUUACAGUUUUGGGCGCAGGCUUAUUGGUAGGUACGGCAUUAACCGUUAUCAUUCCGGAAGGAAUACGCUCUUUGUAUAUGGAUACCUUAACACCCAAUUUGCCAGAAGUCGGCAAGAUAUCAGCACGUAAAGUUGAAAAAUCUCUAUUUUCUGCAACAACGGAGACUUUUAAUGUAGACCACAUGAGAGAACCUGACUUCUCCCGCACUAUUGGUGUAUCGCUUGUAUUGGGGUUUGUAUUUAUGCUGCUAGUGGACCACAUAUCGCAACAUAAAAGCGUAAACAGUUCUAAAGACAAAAACAUAACAGCAACAUUAGGCUUGGUUGUUCAUGCCGCUGCUGAUGGAGUAGCCUUGGAGCUGCAGCAACGACCACCCACCAAGACGUUGAAAUUAUUGUAUUUUUAGCAAUCAUGUUGCAUAAAGCUCCAGCUGCCUUUGGGCUCGUUAGUUUUCUUUUACAUGAACAAAUUGAACAUCAAG